GGUGAUUUGUAAACAUGGCGAGAAUGUGAGUCGUGUAUGGGGAGAGUGCUGGUGUUGUGGACGAUUGUGUGAGAUUUAGAGCCUCUACGCCGAAAAACUUCGUUGCUGCCGUAAGUCGAAGGAUAGAUGUGUCCGGCAGUGAUGAAAGAACAUGGCAGAGCCAAAAACUGCGGUACUUCUCAGUGCUCCAAAGUCAGCUGGUAGUGAACAGAAGAGCAAGAAACCUGCCAGAAGUUUACGGUUUGAGCUUACCCUUCAGGAAACCACCAAGGAAACUUACUCGGAGUUUAGCUACUUGGAUCUAGUAUCCAAAGAAAAGGAGAAGCAUGUGCGUCACAAGGUCAAGGCGAACGGCGUGCACCCGCCCGACGAUCCGUUCGGGGACAGCGAUGACAAUGUCAAGGAGAUUGCGCGACGCUUCGAGGAGAAAUACGGCACCGGUGACGGUAUGCAGCGUAAGAAGCACCGUGAUGUGUCGGAGCUGGGCCAGGGGUACGACGAGAACGACCCCUUCAUCGACAACUCGGACGUGCACGAGGAGGACCUGCCGUCCAACCAGCGUCCUGAGUUCGGCGGGUUCUACAUCAACCGCGGUGCCCUGCGGCUGGAGCUGAUUGAUGGCGCCGACCCGGGCCGGCCGCCGCCCGCCAGACGGAAACGGGUGCGCCGGCUGAGCUCGGACGCAGACGACGACGUCACCACUGGCGAGGAGCAGGAGCCCGGUGUGAAGCGGCCGCGAAAGAGGCUCGGCCGGCCGCCCAAGAAGGACCCCAGCCUGCUACAGAAGAAGAAACGACGCGCCAUCGACGGCCUGCUCAAGAAGAAGCCGUCGCUGACAGUCAAGGAGCUGCUGGAGCAGAAGAAGGCGCACAGAGAGCUGCAGCGGGCCGCCGAGACGCCGCCCCCGGCUCAGCCACCGGCGGCCGCGGCAGAACCGGCGGCGGAGACCGUCAAUGCCGCGGAGGCCCCCACGAAUGGCACCGCCCAGACCAACGGUCAUGACGGCUCGCGCGACUCGAUGGACGAGACGAUCGCCCACGUUGUGGCGGCGGCGGCGCGCCAGGCCGGCUCGUCGCCGGCGACAGGGGGUGCCGAGCGGUCGUCACCGCCGCCCCCGCCCGCCGCCAGGAAGGUCUCGUCAUCGUCCAACACCAACAAUUCGUCCAGUAACAGCGGCGGCGACAGCAGCAGCAGCGACGACAGCAGCGGUGACGACAGCAGCAGCAGCUCGGACGAGGAGGAGGGCGCCGAGCCGGAGGGAACCGAGGGAGAGCCGGAGCCGGAGCCGGAGCGGUGCCGCCGCCCCUCCGAGGACGACCUGCCGCACCUGACUCCGGAGCUGGCGCAGCUCGUCACCGCCAUCAAGGCGGCCGCCGAGCUGGCCGGUCGCAGUGGAGAGGGAAAGAUGAAGUUCUUCACGCCCGAGGUCAACAAGAUGCUGCUCAAUAUCGAGCUACGAUGUCAGCAGGAGCUGCGGAGAAACGACCGGCAGGCGGUGUACCUACAUCUGGCGGCCCACCUGCCCUGUGGUACCCAGACACUCAUCAAACGGGCCAAACAGCUGGUACUGGAUGAGGAGAAGACUGUCAUACGGCGGCCGCUCAACAGGUUGAAGGAAUCCAUCGCAGCAACUAUGCCCGGUCUCAAGGAGAGAUAUGCUGAGGACUGCAAAAAGGUCAUGGAAGCCAACCCCAACAAUUACUGGGAGCUGUAUUACCAAUUUUGGGAGCUGCCGAUGCCCGACUCGAAGAAGGCCGAGCAGCCGGCCGGCGCGCCCGACGCCAAGCCGCCCGCCCUGCCCAGGAAACGGUUCCGCUGGAACGAUACCACCAGGGAGCACCUGCACCGUGUCAUCGAGGUACGCGCCCACUCGUUCAAGAUGCUCAAGAAGCGGCAGGGCUCUGUGGAGGAGUUCCUCAAGACGUUCCUGGACACGGACGUGCUGCCCCUCUGGGAGAAGGGCUGGAUGACGGGCCGCGAGCUGAUGAAGCGCUGCCUGCCCGUCUUCCAGGAGGAGAUCAAGAAGAAGACCCGCCCCGGUAUGAAGGUGACCGGCACUCCUCCGCGGAAGGUGGGACGUCCUCCCAGCGACUCCGGCUCCAGGCACGCAGCGCGCACGGCCUCGCCACGACCACGACCGACCAGUCCGGCGGCCAAGGCGGCCCGCGUCGCCUCCCCACAGCCGGCGCCGCCGCCUCCGGCCGCUGCCCGCAUCCUGCCGAGCAGCCCUGACCGGCCGGCGGCCCCGGCUCCCGCUGCCGCACCGCCGGCGCCGGCGCCACCUCUAGCCGCCCCCGUCAAACGGGCAGCCUCUCCGAGUAAAACACCCACCACCGCCGGCCAGUCUGACCCGGGCAAGGCGCCGGCAGCCUCGGCGGCCAACGGGGCGUCACCUACCGCAACUGGCCCAACCCCCACGCCAGCCGCGGCGGCGGAGACCAAACUGCCUGCCGACGAGAAACCCGUGAUGGUGGCCGGUCCUCCGCCACUCGACCAGCUCUGGAAGUCGUUCACGCCGUCUAUGUCCGUGGAAAUGAUGGCGCUGCUGUUACAGGAGCAGAUUCGAGAAAUGCGCUCACAUCUGGCACGGAAAAUGGCCGAUACUGGAGGCCAGAGCAGUCCAGAGAUCGUCAGGUAUAAGGCGGAGUUGAAACGGCUCCAGACUGCCUUUGAUGACGCCACCAACUUACAACGAAAGACGAUGAAGAAGAAGCGCAGUCCAAAGCCGGAGUCUGAUAGCUCAAAGCCUUCGGGGCCCGGCCGCAAACCAGGCGAGAAGCGACCAAAGCACUCGCAUCCCUCAAGCGGCGGAUCUGAGCGGAGCUCUGCACCUCCAGCCGCCCAUCAGGCCGCUCAUCAGACGACCCGGCCUACCAGCCCGAAACACCGGCUCCAGAACGGUGGGACCCCGCCGGCGGCUGCGGCGGCGCCUUCUGCGCCCGCUGCCACCCCUCCCGCCGCGCCGGCCAGGGAUCCGGCUGCAGCCAGUCCUGCCGUCACCUCUGCCCCGAGCGCCGUGCCCGCUGCGCCGGUGGCCGCGGCGGCGCCCCCUGCCGCAACAGUACCUCCGGUGGAAACUCCGGCGGUGACGUCAGGAUUUCAGCUGGAGCUGGAGAAACUGCGGCAGGGGAUGAGCAGCUCGGCUCAGCGUUCUCACGAGCAACGACAGCAGGAGGCGGCUGCCGCUGCUAAUGCCUCCGCCGCCGCUGCCGCUGCUAACGCCUCAUCUGCCGCUCCCGCCGCCACCCCCGCCGAUCGGUCGCCACCGCGCCGCGCCAGUCUCAGUGGCGCCGGCGGGCCGCCGCUGCUGCCGUCCCCGGAGCAGCUGCGGGCCGCCGAGCCUCGCGCGCCGGCCGCGCCGCAGCAGCCCGCCGCCGACCGUCACCACAGCCCCAAGAAGAUCCACCUGUAUGGCAGAUCUCAGAGCCAGCCGACGGCUGCGGCCGGGGUCGAGCCGACGGACGACGAGGCAGCGACAGCAGCCGCAGCUGCAACCGCCGCCGCGGAGGCAGAGAAAAAGAAACGCUUCCGGGAGAUCAAUGAAGCCGAAAUGAACGACGCGGUGGCUUCCAUCAUGGGUGGCAGCGAGGCAGACUUCUCGCUGUGUGUGAGCCCGGAGCCGACGGUGGGCCGGCGACGCACCAGCUCGGAGUCUGGCACUCCGACCACGGCUGCGGCCGACCUGUCUGUGCGCCGGCCGAGCACGGACAGUCUGACGGAGCGGCUGGCGGCGCUGGACAGCGCCGGUGACGGCCGUGUAUCAGCACCCUGGGAGGAGGAGGUGAUAGGGGGACGGACUGUCGGGGGCGACCGCGGCGGCUCGGUGAUCAGCAGAGGGGGCGGGGAGGACAGUGGUGUCAGGGACGAGGCGCCCGAGCGGGCCCGGACAGCCAGUGCGGACAGUGUGGGAGCGGCCGCCAUGGAUGCGAUCCUGAGCGGUCGGCAGGCGAGCACGGACAGUAUCACAAACAGUUUCUUCUCGCCGCUGACGGACGGGGAGCGCCGCCCCAGUGGUGAGUGCUGGUCGGAGCCGGCUGAGACCGCCAGAGCCGGCCGGCGCUCCAGUCUGACGGACGGUCGGGGCGGCGGAGACUCCCGCCGGCAGCCACCGGUGCCAGAGCCGCCCGCCGAGCCGCCGCCCCCGCCGCCGCCCCCGCCCCAGCCGCCCCCGCCGCCGCCCGAGCCGCCCGCCGACCAGGGUCUGGACCUGUCUGGUGGCGGUGGCCAGCUGAACGAGGAGCUCGACUGUGUGAUCAAGGACCUGAUGAGCUUCAACCAGCUGAAGGAGGCAGCCUCUCCGCCGGCACGCAGCAGCAUUCUCCAGCUGGCGGCGCGCCAGGCGGACAUUUUCUCCCCGGAGGGCACGUCAGUGGGCUCGCCGUUCAGUGGCACCCAUUCGUCGCCGUUCUCGCCGGAGAUGCAGCCAGUAUCGCCGGCACGAUCUGUGGCCACCAAUCUUCAGAGCGGUUUUGCGCCGUCCCGUUCUGCGGUUCUGGCAGCGUUUGAGGGCGGCUCGGCGCCUCAGCAGCCGACCCGUCAGCAGCCGCAGCAGCAGCAGCCGGCUGUAUCCCGCUCAGCCUUCAGUCCGGACCCGUACGGCGGCGGACACCGGCCGGGUGGCGGCGGGGCCCGCGCCGAUCCGGCGCCCCGCUCCAGGAUUGAGCAGGCCGAGGGUCUGAUGGCGCACUUUGCGCCGCGCGCUGACCCGGCGCCGCCGCCGCCGGCGCCCAACCCGCCGUCACCGGCCUCGCCACACCACCGCCCGCCGGUGUUCGCGCAGCACGGCGUGGGCCGCGCGGACCCCCAGCUGACGGGUGGGUUCGGCUCGAGACAUGAGCAGGCGGUCAGCCAACAAAGCGGGCGGCGGGACUCCACCUUCAGUCAGCCCAGCCCCAGGCAAGAACCGCACUUCAACCAGCCCAGUCCGAGGCAAGAACCUCAUUUCAGUCAGCCGAGCCCGCGACAAGAACCUCACUUCAGCCAGCCAAGUCCGCGGCAGGAGCCACACUUCAGCCAACCCAGUGCACGGCAGGAGUCGCAUUUUAGCCAGCCCAGUGCUCGCCAAGAGACGCAUUUCAGCCAUCGCAGUCCGCGGCAGGAGCCGCAGCUUAUUCAGAGGAGUCCGCGGCAAGAGCCUCAUGCGGGCCAUCCGAGUCCACGGCAGGAGUCCUACAUGAACCAGCCCAGUCCCCGCCAGGAUCCCCACUUGAAUCACCCGAGUCCCCGGCAAGAUCAUCAUUUGAACCAUCCCAGUCCCCGCCAGGAUUCCCAUAUGAAUCACCCUAGUCCCCGUCAGGACCAUCAUUUGAAUCAUCCUAGUCCUCGCCAAGAUCAUCAUUUGAAUCAUCCCAGCCCUCGGCAGGAUUCCCAUUUGAAUCACCCCAGUCCUCGGCAGGAGCCCCACCUUUCUCACCAGGGACUCCGCCAGGACCCCCAUCUCACCCAUCAGAGCUCCCGUCAGGACCCCCACCUGCUCUCUCACCAGAGUCCCCGCCAGGAGAGUCGCCUUUCCCGCUCCGACUCUCAGCUCUCACAUGGCUCGCCACGACAGGAGCCACCACUGGGACUCAGCUCACGGCGGGACUCGUUCGGUCAGUCGACUCUCCGCCCAGAGUCGCUCCCGAGUCAGUCCGGCGGCCGGCGUGACUCCCUGAGUCAGCCCACCUCCAGACAUGACCCCGCCCUUGGUCAUCUGUCUCGAGAUCUCGGCUCGGCGUCGUCACGUCACGACCUGCUCGGUCACGCCGUGUCUCGUCACGAUUCGGCCGCCUCCCGGACCGACCCCCUGGCCCAGCUGAGCCAGGCGGCAGGCCGCGCGCAGCCCCACUACCCGGGUGUAUCUGCCGGGUCGGCGGGCCGCCGCAGCUCGCUGCCCCGUCAGGACUCGGCCCCAACCAGCGGUCAGUCGGGACUGUACGCGGCUGGUGAGCCGGCGAGGGAUGUGCUCAGUGCAGCGCUGAGUGCGGCGCUCGGCGGCCGGCCGGCAGCCCCGGCGGCGGCGCGGCCGGCACCGCAGCAGCAGCAGCAGCGACGGAUUGUGGACGGCUCCCCAGCCGCGCCAGAGAGGAGUAGUGCGGCAGCGAGUGCUGCUCAGCGGAUGCCUUCGUACUACACUGCGGACGUGUCCCCUCGGCGUCCGUCGGCUUCCGACGCGCUGCUGGCCGGCCGGACGGGCGUCGUCCCUUCCUCGGCCGCGGCGGCGGCACUGCUCUCCCAGCAGCGCGACUAUGCAGCGGCCGGUCUGCUGCCGCAGUUCCAGACGGCGGUCACCUCGCAGCCGCAGCAGUUCCGAGGCGCGGCUGCACUGCCAGAUCUGUCUCGCCAGCCGUCGGGCCUGUACCACCAGCAGUUCCUGGACCAAUUGGGAGAGUAUGGCGCCCAGCACCUCAGUCAGGCCGACCAGCUGCGUCGGCGGCAGCGGUUGCAGCAGGAGCAGCAGCAGCAGCAGCGGCAGCAGUACCCGUUCUGACGCUCCCCGCGGCGCCUCCUGCCUGUACAGUAUGUCCGUGUGUGUGUGUGAGCCGACCAGACAGUUUUUGAACGUGUGUAGCCGGCCGCGUCGGCCGCAGCCCAGUGCCAGCCGCGGCGGGAAGGGAGGGCCCGGUACGCCCACCCGCCGUCCGCCAUCCCUGCGUCAUCUAUACAACUGUUUAUACAUGAUGCAAUACAUGUUAUUUUGUUGCAAAACAA